UUUGUUGUUUUGUUUGUUCAGGUUGGACCCAACAGCAUCGCUGCCAGGGACGGGCGCAUUAGGGAAGGAGAUCGAAUAUUACAGAUCAACGGCUGUGACGUACAGGACAGGCAGGAAGCUUUCACUCUUCUGUCCAAUGAGGAGUCCAGGAGUAUCGUUCUCCUGGUGACCAGACCAGAGGAGGCGUGGCUGGAUGAGGAGCACAAUGAACUCCUGGAGGAGCUGAAGAUGGAGAUCCUUGAGGAGAGGAGGAACGAGGAGGUGCAGAAGACAGGAGGAGGAGAGGAGCAGGCCAAGCAGCUGGAGGAGGAUGACGUCAUGACAGACACGGCCACGUGUUCCUCCAAUACUCAGGACAAAGACAGCGGCUUGGGGACGGGGCGCAACGAGGAGAGCUCCGAACAGGAAGUCCUCCUAGCCCGUGUCCACCGGAGGCCUGCCCAGGGCCUGAGAGACCGAUGGAGGGCCAAGCAUUGCCAGGGGCUGGGCCGGAGGGUGGUGGUGCCCUCGGACACCCAGGGACCCAGGGGUCUGAUCCAAUCCCAGGAGGGUGAGGGUGGAGUGGGGUUAGGACUGGAGUGUGACAGCCGCUUCCAGCAGCUCCUGGAGCUCAAGUGCCAGAUCCGUAACAGCGGGGAGUGUGGUGUGUACUAUAGCAGGAGAAGCACCAUCGAGUGCAGCCUGACGGAGCAGAGCGGCGUGGGGGUCAGUGGUGGUGGAGGGAUGGAACAAGAGCUGCGGAUGUUGAACGAGGAGCUGAGGAGUAUCGAGCUGGAGUGUCAGAGCAUUAUGCAGGCCCACCAGCUCCGCAAGAACCAGAGGGAUCCCCCCUGCACCCCUAUGUGCUCCCCAGGACGAAGCCCCAAACAUGGGCGUGAGCAGCAUGCCAAGCUGGCCGAUAUCAACGAGCAUCCAGGGGAGAGGCAGUGGGACAGCGACAAGCUAAGGGGGGACAAGGACAGCUCCAGUGCCUAUAACACGGCUGAGAGCGCCAGGUCCACUCCUCUAGGCAUGGAGAGAUCCCCGGACCACUCUCUACAGAGACGCAUCAGCCUCACCAACCAGAAGAACCUCCGGAGCACCAUGGCAGCCUCCGGCCAGUCCAUCUCCAUCCACAUCCCAGACAGAGAGCUCCUGAGUGAGACCUCGACCGGGACCCCUACGCACAGCCGACACGAUCCCAACCCCAGCCCUGGAACCACGGUCAUCUCCAGCAGCCCCGACCAGUCCAACCCUUCCCCCUCCGAGUCAGACCCGGCCCUGCCUGCAGACGACGAGCGCUGCGACCGCACCAGGAGCCACCGGGGGCCACGCAGGGUCCCUCCCUACCCGUCCCCUUACCACACAGCCCCCCAGCAGGGCGCCUCUCCAGCCCACGCCAGACACCUUCAGAGCUACAUGCAGCAGCUCCUCCAGCAGGCCUCCAGUCUGGAGACCUACUCCCAGUCCCAGCUCAGCCUCCUCAGCGUCUGCCGGGACCGCUCCACCCGCCCAGGGGAACCACGCCUCGAGUGGAAGGUCAAAGUUCGAGCCGACGGGACGAAGUAUGUAGCCCGGCGACCAGCGAGGGACCGGAUUCUACGAGAACGGGCUCUGAGGAUCAGGGAGGAGCGUAGUGGAGGGAUGACCACGGACGACGACGCUAUGUCAGAGAUGAAGAUGGGGCGGUACUGGAGUAAAGAGGAGAGGAAGCAGCAGUUGGCAAGAGCCAGGGAGCAGAGGAGGAGGAGGGAGUACAUGCAGAGGAACCGGCUAGAGUGUCUCAGAGAGGGCCCUGGGAGCGGGGCCGAGGGCCGUAAAGAGGUCAACAUCCUGGAACUCAGCCACAAGAAGAUGAUGAAGAAACGCAACAAGAAGAUCCUGGAUAACUGGAUGACCAUCCAGGAACUAAUGAGUCACGGGGCCAGAGCACCUGAGGACCAGGAGACUAAACCAGUACACAAUGCCUUCCUGUCUGUUACUACAGUAUAGGACCACAGCGCCGGGUAGAAGUUACCCUGUACACACAGAUCUAGGAUCAUUUAAAACUACCCGGGUCGGGCGUUAACCAUUUGGACGAUAAUGCAAAACUGACCUCAGAGCAGUGUCUAGGGACAACCUUGCCCCAUCUCUCUCUCUCUCUCAUCGCGUCCAUGCGGUAUGACCUUACUUGCCUCGUUCAAUGUGGCAUUUUUUAUAAUGGGGAAAAUCCUAUAUUUUUCACACUUUAUAAACUCAAUAACGUUUUGUAAAAUGAUUUUUUUUACACUGGUUGUCGAUGUACUUUGAAAUGUUUUCUGCCGUGGCUCAUUUAUGCUGUCAUCAAACAUGUUUCUAUGAUAAUCAGAAUUCUCUGUAAACCACAUCAUCAUGGAAGUCAACGACAUCGUUGUACGCUGUCCUGUUUGCAUUGUUUAUCCAGCAUGGCAGUGGUUAACUAGUGGUCAGAAAGGUUCCAUACACCUGAGAACAGACACUUGACUCGUGUGCAGAAUCCUCCUUGUCUUUUACUGAGUAUCGACCAUAUAACUGCACAACCCUCUCAGACCCAUUCAAUAUGCCAAGCUGGACACCACAAAAUCUCUGAAGGAGCUUUCAUCAUUUCUGAAAAUGUCAACUCUGAGUUCUCUUGGAAAAUUCAAAAGUCCUGAGAAUGUCAAUAAUUCAGUGGUGUCUCAGAGGCUUUCAGUUUCUCCGUUUAAAGCAAUCGUGAAGGAAAGGUUCACUAGUCAACAGUUUUGCCCCAACAUCUCAUUGAAGGAAAGGUUCACAACAGUUUUGCCCCAACAUCUCAUUGAAGGAAAGGUUCACAACAGUUUUGCCCCAACAUCUCAUUGCAAAAGUGAUCUCAAUGCUUCUCAUCAAUGGUAAAUCAGUCUCACUAAUGAAAACAGUGAAUUGCUUACUGAUUAAAUCAUUAAUUGAAGUGAUUUGAUUGCUCCAUGAAUACAUUAAAUGUAAUUUAUGAAUACAAAACAUAUUUAUUAUUUUUUAUUGCUUAUUUUGAAUUAUUGUACAUGUAUUAGUGUAUUCUGCAUAUUUUCGGACCUGUCUGAAGAUCUCUUUGUAUUGUCAAAAAUAACACAUGAUAUUGUCUCUAACGUAUUAUACUUCACCUAACAGUCCUUUCUGGCAUUUGGUGGUGCUUCAAACGGACGCUUUUCAUUGUACACUGUUCUUCUAUCUUUGCUCAGUGUUUAUCGUCUUUUUUCAAGUAAUCGGUAGUUGGUAACUUCAUAGGCAGGUCAAUGUGUGCUAAUUGUGAUAUUUGCAAAGGAAAUGUUAAUAAAUUAUUGUUUAUCUUUAUGAAACAGA